UGAGCGCGCACGCCGUCUCGUCAGCAGCGCUGGGCCUCGCGUGGACCAUAGUUUAAAGGUGGACCUAUCAUCCAAAAAUUGUGCAAAACGAGCUACAGACCCGCUCGCGGGUGGCGAAGAAGAACCCGCGAGGCUUCUCCGACGUCCUUGCACCUCCGUCUUUGUGAGAAAACCCAGAGAGCUGCAGCAGGUGCACGGCUCUCGAGACAUCAGACAUGCCGGUUGCAUCACCCAGCUCCGACUCAGCAAUGCACAGCGUCCUGGACACCCUGAGUGACAGCACGAGCUCCACCACGGCAAACGACCUCGACCUGAUCUUCCUGAAGGGCAUCAUGGAGAGUCCUAUGGCACACGAGCGGUAUGAAGAGCCGAAGCUGGAGGCAGUGAGGGACAAUAACGUGGAGCUGGUGCAGGACAUCCUGCGAGACCUCACCCCCCACACCCCGCACAGCCAGAUGGCCCUCGAGCUAGCCCGCAUCCUCCGCGAGCCGCACUUCCAGUCACUUUUGGAAACACACGACUCAGUGGCCUCCAAAAGCUACGAAACUCCACCCCCCAGCCCGUGCGCCUUCAUGGACCCCGCCCUCAACAACCAGCCGGUUCCCCCGGACGCCGUUAGGAUGGUGGGCAUACGCAAAGUCUCAGGAGAACACCUGGGCGUGACUUUCCGCGUGGAGGGGGGCGAGCUUGUGAUCGCACGCAUCCUGCACGGUGGCAUGAUCGACCAGCAAGGGCUGUUGCACGUGGGCGACGUGAUCAAGGAAGUGAACGGCACAGCUGUGGGCAGCGAGCCCAAAGUCCUGCAGGACAUGCUGAAGGACGCCAGCGGCAGCGUGGUGCUGAAGAUACUGCCCAGCUACCAGGAACCACACACACCACGGCAGGCAUUUGUGAAGUGUCACUUUGACUACGACCCCAUGCAUGAUAACCUGAUUCCCUGUAAGGAGGCCGGACUUGGGUUCAGCAGUGGAGACAUCCUGCAGAUCUUCAACCAGGAGGACCCCAACUGGUGGCAGGCGUGCCGUCUGGAGGGGGGCAGUGCAGGACUCAUCCCCAGCCAGCUCCUGGAGGAGAAGAGGAAAGCCUUCGUGAAGAGAGACCUGGAGCUCACUGCAACAGGUUCUCUGUGUGCAGGCAUGGGGGGGAAGAGGAAGAAGAAAAUGAUGUACCUGACCACGAAGAACGCAGAGUUCGAUAGGCAUGAGCUGCGGAUCUACGAGGAGGUGGCCAAGGUGCCUCCUUUCCGGAGGAAGACGCUGGUCCUGAUCGGAGCUCAGGGCGUCGGCCGUCGCAGUCUGAAGAACAAGCUGCUGGUGUCAGAGCCGCACCGCUACGGAACGACCACACCCUACACGUCCCGCAAGCCUAAAGUGAAUGAGAAGGAGGGUCAGAUGUACCUCUUCAUGUCCCGCGGUGAAAUGGAGGCAGACAUCCGAAGCGGCCGCUACCUGGAGCACGGCGAGUACGACGGCAACCUGUACGGAACCAAGAUCAACUCCAUCCACGAGGUGGUGGACUCCGGAAAGAUCUGCAUCCUGGACGUCAACCCACAGGCUCUCAAAGUCCUACGCACUUCUGAGUUCCUCCCGUUCGUCGUGUUCAUCGAAGCACCUGAUUUUGAAGUACUCAAGGACAUGAACAGGUCUGCCAUCGAGGCCGGUGUCAUCACCAAACAGCUCACGGACUCUGAGCUUAAGAGGACGGUGGAUGAGAGUGAGAGGAUUAAGGGGGCGUACGGCCACUACUUUGACCUCACCAUUGUUAACGACAACCUGGACGGCGCCUACCGAAGGCUGAAGGUGGCGCUAGAGAGACUGACCCUCGAUCACCAGUGGGUCCCCGUGAGCUGGGUUUUCUGAGCCCCGCUCGGUUAAGCGGACGAGAUCCAAGGAGGCGUUGAGUGUCAGAGACUUUCAGUGGAAGUAGGGGGUCUUCGUAAGAAACGCAUGGCAUGACCAUGCGGAGCCCAGCUGGUUUUAAAGAUAGCAGAGCAGCGAACAGUUGAAAGAUGCCCGCAGAUGCCCUGCAGGGGCCAGUGCAUCACUGAGGCCUUCAUCAUCGUUAAUGCAACCAUCGGUCAUCAUCGUGAACGCAAGCAUCGUGAGGGCGACGGCAGGUAGUUCAGGGGGACUGUCCAUCCGAUUUGAUCCGGGCACCUCAUGUAGGUUGCUGCAUAGAACCAGAUGAAAUGUCAUUAAAAAAUAACAUUUAAUACCUUACAAAGAAGAGAAAAUGAAAUAUACGUCAGUGUUUUUAUGAAGGUACAGUACAUGUGAGUAGUCAGAACUGUAUAUUUGUACAGAUGCUGUGAUCUGGAAUACUUGUUUUAGCACUCCAAAGUUGUGGUUUUCAUUUCAAACGGCAGUUAUUUAUGGGAUUCGUGUAGUUUUGAAAUCAUGAAGAUGGAAUAUGUCUUGAAAAUACUUCUGUACAUGUUGUGGCUUAGAUUUCCUUCACGCUGACUGUAAAUAUCUGGAGAUUAUCAAACAUUUACAAGAGACGACACCUAGAUCAAAAGUGUGUUCCAUUUGAGAAAAGAAGCAGCAAUAAGUAUCCUGAGAACUCCACCAUAAUUUUGUGACAUGACCUCAACAAAUCGUUUGAUACACCAAAGCAAACCACAGAUAUGAUUGUGUGUUUUUUUUUUAAAUUAAACAGAAUCUACUUGCUGUUGACCGAAAAGAUACGCUUUCAUUUGAUUUUAUGAUAGGAUGAGUGAGUCAAAAUUACAUUUAGUCAUGAAUGUAAUAAACUUGAACAUUAUGAAAUGA